AACGUCGACGCGAAGAAGCGGAGCGGGCCCAAGAGCAGGCUGAAUUUAGCACUCGGAAAAGCACUCUACCCGAAUAUCUCGAUGCCUGCCACAAUUACCUGCAUUCCGGCCUCACCGUCCAGACCGAUGCAACCAGGUCGACACGGGGUGACCCUGCCAACGCGAACAACAAGCUUCGAGCCGAGAAGCUGCUCGAGUAGGAGGACUUCCCAGCCCGCCAGGACGCGAUUUGGAACACUUUGAUGCAGUCGGGAUUUGUCUCGGAGCGGCACUUCACCUCGGUACAUACUUUGCAAGAGUCUGGGGAAACGGUCCGAAAACGGUCGCUGAGUUCUGAGCUUGACCUGCAUCAUUUCCAGCGCACCACUGUCGAAGACCCCGUUGCGUUGAUCAUCCAACAAAUGAACACCGACCGAAGACUUCAGCAGGAAUUUGGUCUGCAGGGCUUGAUCAGCUUUGAGAAUCACGCCAACGCGCUAUGCCCUGACACUCAGCUUGCAGAGGGCAUCGACCAACUUCCCCUCUCCGGAAAUCCGCCACGGCGGUCGGCAUGCCUACAUGCCAAAGCCAACGAAUCGAUGGCGGUGCACCCGGCAGAAUCGGCACCGACAACUCACAUACGAUCCUCCCGUCCUCGUGCAGAUCAAUUCUGCGUCUACAACAAGAGCAUUCGGAACCAGGAGAACCGCAUCCCUGCCUUCGUCAUGGAAUACAAAGCACCGCAUAAUCUCCCCCUUGGGUACAUUUACGAAGGCCUGGAUGACAUGAAACUUGAGGACGUGAUUCGGUAUCAAGAAUCCGAUGCUCCGCGGAACCGCUUCCGCCGAUUGAUUGCCGCAAUCAUUACACAAGCGUUUUCAUAUAUGAUCAACGCUGGGGUAGAAUACGGGUGCGUUUGCACCGGCGAAGCGUUCAUCUUCCUCCGGGUGCCGGAGAUGGACCCCGGUACGGUCCAUUACUUCCUAUCGGUCCCGACGGGUGACGUUGGGGGACCCACGGAAUGGGUGCCGGAUUCGGACGACCCAAAUCGUCUGCAUCUGACCGCGGUUGGGCAAAUGCUCGCGUUUACGCUCCAAGCAUUGAAGUCGCCGCCUCGAAACCAGAGCUGGCGAUCCCAGGCUGCCAACCUACUGAACAGCUGGGAGGUGGUGUACGCCGAACUGCUCGAUACAAUCCCCCUGCAGGACGCCCCACCGUCAGAGUAUCGGCCACCUCGUGACGAUGGCUUCCUUCGCAUGUCUCCUGUGCGCCUCCGACGACGACCGGUUACAACCGGCUCAUCUAGUUGCGUGCGACUGCAGAGUCACGAAAAUUCAAGCGAUGAUGAGCUUGAUCCGGAUACUCCGAGUCGAGAGCGGCCUUUACCCCGACACUCCGCUCGCACCCAGGCCACCGCCCGCUCAUCAUCCGGUGCGGAUCUUCACGGAGGAACGUCGAGUGGUGGACAGCAUUGUACUCAAAAGUGCCUCCUUGGCCUCGUCAACCGGGGUCUCCUUGACAUGUCAUGUCCCAAUGCGCGAGACCAUGGGAAGAGCUAUCAUCGGAUUUGUUUAUCUACCUUCGUUAGUCUCGUUCGUCGGCAACUUUCAGAAGACCUUGAUACCGACUGCAUGCCCAUAGGCCCUCCUGGAUCAUGCGGCAUCCUAUUUCGCAUCAGACUCAGAUCUCACGGGUAUACCAUCGCCGCCAAAGCCACCGACUUUGCUCACCGCCUGAAACACGAGGCUACCCUCUACGACAGCCUCCGUCCGAUUCAGGGCAGCGGCAUUGUGCCAGUUUAUUUGGGCAACAUCGACCUGAGCACUCCCUAUUACUACGAGGGAAUUGCGAAGCUUGAUCACAUGAUGCUCAUGAGCUUUGGUGGAGAGCUCCUAUCCACGCACCUUACCACCGAGAACCGGCCACGGAUUCUUCGGUUGAUUCGCUCUUCAAUCCAAGCGGUCGCUAGCCUCGGGAUCGUUCACAAUGAUCUCGCGCUUCGCAACAUGUUGUGGAAUGAGGAGACCGGCAAAGUGAUGCUGAUUGAUUUCGAGCGGGCACAAUUCAUCGAGCAACGCCCCGCACUGGGCACUAUCUCAGCAAACCGAAAGAGGAAGAGAGACCCCAAUGCGUGUGUGACCAAGCGGAGAGGUUCUGCAUCUGUGAAGGAAAUGCAGCAAGUGACCUUGAGCUAGGCUCUUUGUGUGCCACCGUACAAUCGAUCCUUAUCUGAGGGCAGCAUGAUUAUGUUAGCUGCUCCUCGAAACCAGACCGGAUUAGGGUUUACUAAGCCCUUCCGUUCUAACUUGGUGUACGGAACCCAACUCGGUCUGUCCCCGGGAUUCUGGGAUUGCGCUCUCCCGGAAGUGAGUGAGGAGGCCUGCAUGUUUGCUACUGUGCCGUUUGUACAGA